GUGGCGGAAACAUUUCUAGAUUGUCUUGUUUUCUUUCGGGACUUUCUAUUGUGCAGAUGAAUGUUCGUCAGCAUCUGUAGCGGUUGACUGUCUGGCUUCUUUAGACAUGUGGUUUUUUCUAGCUGGAUUCGUGCUUCUGUGUGCUGCAGAUGCCACACCGGUUGCAGAGAGGACAGUUCCUGAGUUUGGAAAGACUUAUCAUGUCAAAGGUUUGCUUUCUUUGCCUUAUGCUGAGAUAAAGGAGCCAUUUGAAGCUUGGUACGACCUGACGGGGAAAAGAAGUCGAAUCGACUAUUACCAUGGUCAAGUUUGCACUUUCUUCAUUGGAAAUGACUUGGACUAUGGUGCCGUUUACAAGAUCACACCAGUCACCACUGAGACCGAAUUCAAUACUAUGAAGUGUUUCCAGCUUAACGGCACCAAGGAUGAACCAAUAAUUCCUCAGAUAGCACUGCCUGAUGUGCAAGGCUUUGAAUUUGAGAAGAUUGAAUACUACGCAGGCGUUCUGUGCGAGGUCUGGAAAAAUGUCACAACGGUUGGCCAUAAGAAAAACACAUACCGUCUGUGGGUCACCCGUCCAGAGGGAAUAGAUUCUUCAGCCAUGCCGCACCACUAUGAGAUGAUGGGCUUCAAUACUCUUUUGGGCUCCCACUAUGAUAAAUAUAUUGUCGAUUACAGCGACUUCAGCUCUCAGGUUGAUCCAAACAUUUUUAAACUACCUGGAGGAAUGUCCUGUGGUGGCUUUCCUGGUCCUGGUGUAGAGCAUCAUUUACUAGCCAAUCCCAUUCAAGAUUUUGUAGAAACCUCCCCAGUUAGCCACGCCCACCGAAUGUUUGGCCACUAUAAGGAGAAGUUUAAUCGUCAGUAUGACAACGAGAUGGAGCACGAGGAACGUGAGCACAACUUUGUGCAUAAUAUUCGAUAUGUGCACUCUAUGAACAGAGCUGGCCUUUCAUUCUCUCUCUCAGUCAACCACCUGGCCGAUCGCUCUCAGAAAGAGCUGUCAAUGAUGAGAGGAUGUCAAAGGACUCACAAGGUUCAUAGAAAAGCCCAGCCUUUCCCCUCGGAAAUCCGGUCUAUAGCCACUCCAAACUCUGUAGACUGGAGACUCUACGGUGCUGUGACGCCAGUGAAAGACCAGGCUGUGUGUGGAUCCUGCUGGAGCUUUGCCACCACUGGAACACUAGAGGGAGCACUUUUCCUGAAGACAGGACAGCUGACAUCACUGUCCCAGCAGAUGCUGGUGGACUGCACAUGGGGAUUUGGCAAUAAUGGUUGCGAUGGAGGAGAGGAAUGGAGAGCUUUUGAGUGGAUCAUGAAGCAUGGUGGCAUUUCUACAGCUGAGAGCUAUGGAGCAUACAUGGGCAUGAAUGGUUUGUGUCAUUACGAUAAGACCUCCAUGGUGGCUCAGUUGACUGGUUACACUAACGUGACCAGUGGUGAUAUUCUAGCACUGAAGGCUGCGAUCUUUAAAUUUGGGCCUGUAGCAGUGAGCAUCGACGCUGCACACCGAUCCUUCGCCUUCUACAGCAAUGGAGUCUACUAUGAACCAGAGUGCAAAAAUGGGAUAAAUGACUUGGAUCAUGCGGUGCUGGCAGUCGGUUAUGGGAUAAUGAACAACGAGUCCUACUGGUUAGUGAAGAACUCCUGGUCCUCUUACUGGGGCAAUGAUGGUUAUAUUCUGAUGUCCAUGAAAGACAACAACUGCGGUGUGGCUACUGAUGCCAUUUAUGCCACAUUAGCCUAAAACACACACACACACACACACACACACACACACACACACACACACACACCUAUCACAAGAGCCAAAAGAAGAAUUACUUGUCAGUUUUAUUGCAGAUUUUGAAUGCUGGACAGUUGAUCACAGUUUUAUUGUGUUUCUUUUUGAAUGUCAAUAAAUGGAAAUUCUUAAUAACAAA